GGUUUGAUGUCAUUAUUUGAUGUCUAUAUCUCAGCCCUCAAAACUUUUCAUAGGGAAAAAAACUUUUUUUCCACUAAAUCUGUUCACGUGACUGUAUUUACCCAAUCAGAUGACGCACCGGCCCAUAAUGCAAUGGUUUGUCUAUGUUGUGGUGCGCGCGCGUUUAUUUUCUACUUCCCCAAAACAACAUGUCGUCUUCGGAGGCUGUAAUGACUUCUCCUACAGCCUCCGUUUCCAACGAAAGUAGAUUAUCCCUCUAUAACCAAACCCAACCGGAGAAGCCAUUCCACUACACGUACCUGAAAGAGUUUCGAGUGGAGCAGUGUCCACUGUUUCUACAACACAAAUGUACAGCUCACAGACCUUUCACUUGUUUUCACUGGCAUUUUAUGAACCAAAGACGACGAAGACCCAAGAAAAAAAGAGAUGGAACAUUUAAUUAUAGUCCUGAUGUAUACUGCACUCAAUACGACGAAACCACGGGAAUAUGUCCGAGUGGAGAUGACUGUCCAUAUCUACAUCGAGUUGCCGGCGACGUUGAACGUCGCUACCAUCUUCGCUACUACAAGACAGCAACCUGCGUUUACGAGACCGACUCUCGGGGGUAUUGCGUUAAAAAUGGUCCGCAUUGUGCCUUCGCUCAUGGUCCACACGAUUUAAGACAACCAGUUUAUGAUGUUAGAGAACUACAAGCGAUGGAAAAGGAAGAAGUAGAUGGCCAACAAGGCGUCGAGAAUAAAGCAGUAAUCGAAGAUCCACGGUGGCAAGAUACCAACUUUGUCCUGUCAAAUUACAAGACUGAGCCCUGCAAGAAACCCCCUCGCCUUUGUCGUCAAGGAUACGCUUGUCCAUAUUAUCACAAUACCAGAGAUCGACGGCGUAGUCCUCGGAAGGUCAGAUACAGAUCCACACCUUGCCCACAUGUCAAGCACAGUGACGAAUGGGGAGAGCCGUCAAAUUGUGAGAGUGGAGACAAUUGUCCAUACUGCCAUACUAGGACAGAGCAGCAGUUCCACCCAGAGAUAUACAAGUCAACAAAAUGUAAUGAUAUGCAGCAGACUGGAUAUUGCCCUAGAGGUCCUUUCUGUGCUUUUGCACAUGUAGACCAAGAGUCUGUGGUUGGUAGAGAAUUGAGUGAAACUGAUCUCAACAUGUCCUUCCAACAACUAGGAUUCCCCCAAUCAGACACAGUCACCAGCUUGCUGCAACCCAUCUGUAAACCUGUCCGGUCUAUGUCCACUUCUUCCGCGGGCUCAGGAGUGUUCAUGGAAAACACCCAGACAACAGGCAGCUAUGCCAAGGCACCUGGCUCUGAACGGUCUGAGCGCAGUAGCAGUAGAGAGGAAGAUCACCAGGCUAUGAUCAGAAGACAUUUAUUAUCAAUUGAAAACGACCCUAGCUUAGAUGACGCAGAAAAGGCUAGAAGAAAACAGACACUUAUUACAUCUCGAGCUUCCGGCUCAUCAUCAUCAACAAGCUCUGCACCUCUCACCCCUUCCAGCAUAUCAGCCAGUGCCGCGCCCUUCUACCCUGCGGCAGACACUGUAGAAUCUGUUGUGGAAAGUGCUUUAGAUGAUCUUAACCUUGACGACUUUGAUGUCACUGAACUGGAAAAGGAGCUGAACAAUGCAUCCCCCUGCUCCACUUCUUUGGGUGAUUCUUUAACUUCGUUGUCCAUAGCAACCAUGUGCUCAGCCCCAGUCUCUAUCCCUGGUACUGGGUCACCACACUCCUAUACUCCCCAGUCCCCUACUUCUCCUCUAGGCCAGUACACUUCGUCUUAUGGCUCCCAGAAGCAAGCAAACCCGUACCGUGCCAGCUCCCUUGUACGUAGCUCCCUUCAUGGCAGUAUAUUUGACCCCCUCACCACCCAGCUGCAGUCCCCGAAGUCGCUCAACUCUCCUCAGCUGCACUCCCCGCUGGACCUUACUACCGCUGGUGAGGUGCACAGGAUGGGGGAGGAGUUAAUGGCGGCACGCUCUAAGCUCGCCUCCUGGGAGGACUCCUGGGUACAGGCCAAGCAGGCCUGUGACGCAUGGAAGAAGGAAGCAGAAGAGUCCAUAGAGAAAGCAAAGUCUUCUCAAGCGGACACUCUAGUGGCUGUCAUGAAAAAAGAAGCGGCCGAAAAUCAAGUAUUAGCUUUAAAACAAGAAAUUGAAUGUCUACAAAGCGACUCACAUAUACAGUCAUUAAAUAAGAAAUCUGAAUUAAAGGAUCUCCCACUUGAAAGAUUAAAGCAACUACAUCAUAGCUUAUCUACGGAUUUAGAAGAAAUUAACAAGGUGAUCUGUUACAAGCAAGCGUAUUCAUGUAGCAAAUGUCAAGAGAAGCCACGUAGCGUGGUCACGCUCCCAUGUACCCAUCUUCUACUGUGCGAGGAAUGCGCUGCCGCGGAAACGGAAUGCCCUCACUGUCAUAUACAGAUCACGCAACGCAACACGGUCACGCUACCAUGACGUGGUCACGCUACUAAAAAGGGCCUCGAUUGGUCACAAAUUAGGUUGAGAUUGCUUGCGAGUUGAUCAGUGAUGAAGGGAAGGGAUUUUUGAAUUACUAGUUAGAGGCUCAAAUCACAUGAUAGCCAAGAAUAUUAUAUUGCAUUUUUUUGCAUAUGACUGUAUAGUGGUCAGAUGAGGUUUUCUAUUUUCCUCUACCAUAAUAAUUUGUCCAUUGUCUCCUAGUAGAUAGUAAUGUGUAUUGCUUUUUCUCACUUUAGGAAUUCCACCAUAUUAUUUAAAAAAGUAGACUUUUUUAUUCUAUGUUUUCUUUCCGUAUGGUUUCCAUGUUUAUUGUUCUUUCACUGUAGGCAUUUCACCAUAAUAUUUAAAUAGUGGACAUCGUUUCAUUUCAUUGUGUCGGUAAUGGUUUUUUGUUUUUGUUUUCUUCCUGUGUGAUAUUCAUGUUUUAUCUGUUUGGUUGGUUGAUUGGUUGGUUUGUUCGUUCAUUUGUUUGUUUCUCUUUGUUAGUGAGUUUUGAGUCUAUAUUAUCAAACAGAUUAUAAUUUUGUUCCUUGCAUUAGAGCUGUUUUCCUACCAUUUCUUUCACAAGUCACCUGACCAACUCGCAAGCUAUCUGUUCGUUAUAUAUUAUUUCCAAUGUUUAGGUGUUAUAUUAGCGUUUUCCUGGUCAGCAAUGGGACAAGCUUUUAGGCCUUGUUUACUGCUGACCAGGCGAAUAUGUUUUAAGUGUACGAAUAUAGAUUUUACGGUAUAAUUGAUACUAUUGUAUUAUUAUUAUUACAAGGACAUUUCUUAGGAUUUUCCAAUGUUGGUGUCUUUUUUCCCGGGACAUUCGAAAAUUAUUAUUUGCAAUAAUUAAUUAUUGACACCGUUUGAGGUGGUAGACCUAGUGCUGCGUGUACAUUAUCCCAGUGUAUUUAUCGGCACUUCUUAUGCAGAGAAAUAUUAAACUAAUUUCAAUUGGAA